GCAGGACGUCCUGCUGCACUCCACCCAGUGGAACUGAAUCCCAGAGAGUCCAGCAAUAGCAGAGAGAGCCAGAAUAUGUUUACAUCUUACUCUGUGAAUUAAGGAUUUGGUUGGUGAUUGUUGGAACAGUGGAAAGUCUAACAAAGACGGUUUUGCUCCUUCCACUGCGAAUGCAAAAAGAGAAGCCGCAAACCAGACUGCAGCCCUACCUCUCUGUAUCCAUACAAACACUGUGUGUCACCUGCAUUGACCAUGAUGUCCAGACUUCUACCUAGCCUGCUUUUCGUCUUUCUUCUCUUGACCUCACCCUCACAUACUGCAGGUGUGCAGAUCAGAUUAGCUGGGUCUGGGUCUACUCGAUGCUCUGGAAGAGUUGAAGUCUAUUACAACGAUACCUGGGGAACAGUCUGUGAUGAUGACUGGGACUUCAAUAAUGCUAAGGUGGUGUGCAGACAGUUGGGCUGUGAUACGGCACCAAGUGCCCCUCAGUCAGCACACUUUGGUGAAGGAACCGGACCAAUCUGGCUUGAUAAUGUGGACUGUUCAGGAAGUGAAAGGUCUCUAAGUGAGUGUCAGCAUGGAGGAUUUGGAAGACAUGACUGUGGACACAAUGAGGACGCUGGUGUGGUCUGUUCAGGUCUGCAGAUCAGAUUAGCUGGGUCUGGGUCGACUCAGUGCUCUGGAAGAGUUGAAAUCUAUUACAAUGAUACCUGGGGAACAGUCUGUGGUGACAGCUGGGACUUAAAUGAUGCUGACGUGGUUUGCAGAGAGUUGGGCUGUAAUACAACACAGGAUGCCCCUCAGUCAGCCCACUUUGGUCAAGGAAGUGGACAAAUCUGGCUUCAUAAUGUGGGCUGUUCAGGAGGUGAAAGGUCUAUAAGUGAGUGUCUGAAUGGAGGAUUUGGGACACACAACUGUGGAAACAGUCAGGACGCUACUGUGGACUGUUUAGUUGAUUCUGAAGCUCAAACCGAACCAGUGAAGGGAGGCCAGAGUAGGUGCACAAAUCAGAUUAACUGGGUCUGGGUCUACUCAGUGCUCUGGAAGAGUUGAAAUCUAUUACAAUGAUACCUGGGG